AUGAGCGAAGCUCCCAAGGAUGCGCCUUUCCAGGCGGUGCAGAUCGAUGCUCUGGUGAUCCUCAAGAUUGCCCGGCACUGCUCGUCGACCUUCCCGACCGUGGCGACCGGCUCCCUCGUGGGCAUGGACCAGAACGGCACACUGGAGAUUACAAACACCUUCGCCUUCCCCACCAUCGACACCUCCGCUGCCGAUUCCCACCAGAAUGAUGCCUCCAACCUCGCCGCCGCCGCUCCUCGAGCCAAGUCCAACAUCGCCUACCAGGCCGAGAUGAUCCGACACCUCAAGGAGGUCAACGUGGACGCCAACAACGUCGGCUGGUACACGAGCGCCACCAUGGGCAACUUUGUCACCAUGGCCUUUAUCGAGAACCAGUUCUUCUACCAGAAGGACAACGACAAGACUGUUGCCCUUGUCUACGACACCAGCCGCAGCUCGCAGGGAACCUUGGCUUUGAAGGCGUACCGCCUGACCAACCUCUUCAUGACCGUCUACAAGGAGGGCAAAUUCACAACUGAGAGCCUGCAAAAGUCGAAGCUCUCGUUCCGCGACAUUCUGCAGGAGUACCCUCUCGCCGUCCACAACUCACACCUCCUCACCUCCUUCCUUCACCAGCUGCCCGCGCCCCCGGCUGCCACCGAGCCCAAGGAGCCCACGUCGCUCAGCGACCUCAACAACGACCGCAUCAAGGCGCCUCUAUACCCUUCCAUCGACAACCUGGACCUGUCGAUUGACCCCUUCCUGGAGAAGACGUGCGAUCUGCUGCUCGAGAGCAUCGAGUCGCACUACGUGGACCUCAACAACUUCCAGUUCUACCAGCGCCAGCUGGCGCGUGAGCAGACCAAGAUCACCCAGUGGCAGGCCAAGCGAAAGGCCGAGAACGCCCAGCGCACCCUCGCCAAGCAGCCCCUGCUGCCCGAGGACGAGUGGCAGCGGCUGUUCAAGCUGCCCACGGAGCCCAGCCGGCUGGAGGGCAUGCUCAACGCCAAGCAGGUCGAGCAGUACAGCAAGCAGGUGGACGGCUUCACGGCCAACAUCAGCUCCAAGAUGUUUGCCGUGCGGGAGAACCUGCUGCCCCAGUAA